AUGUUUCGACAUUCGUUUUGUUCUCCAAAAGAUCUUCAUCCACCUCUUAUCAAGACUUGGGCGAUGAGCAAUGAAGAGUCGAGUACUCCGAACCCUCUUCAAGCUCCUCAAACACCUAUUUCUGCUGAACGUUCUUCAGACAGAGGUUUGGCAAGGCCACUACCAUUUGGGAAAAUCAAUACCGCCAAUAUUUUACAGCGUGGUACAACUUGGCUCUGCCGUCUUGCAGCAUUCCUAUUAGACGCACCAGUUUAUCCAGGGGCAAGAAUAUUUUUCUACUACUUUCGCUACGUCCGUGUGGAAGGGAAUGAUGCUAUGGACACAAUCGACAACUUGGGGACCAACAAUCUACAUAUUGUCAGUACAGCAUACAUGCUUAAAGUGGAGAACAUGUUCAAAGCAUGGGAGUCCAUCAAACUCGCAUCUUUGUUUUUGAUUGGUACAGCACCAGUUAUCCUGCAAAUCGAACCCGUGUACAUGAAUUUGGUCCCCCGCAUGUUCACUGUAUCCUCAGGACUGUUCGCAGUUGCAAGCCUCGUGUCCAGUCACAUAUAUCUUCAGGCCAGAGACCGCUUCAUCAAAACUCGGAUCAUGGAAGAAACGUGGAGGAGUUCUGCAAUGGACCCCGACGCCAAGUUUUGGAAAUUGGUCGCAUUACCUUUCGCUUUUGUGUCAUGGUCUGGCAUCUUCUUUUUGGGCACAGUUGCAUACUUCAUUUGGGGUAUUGCUUUUGCUCUGAACCCAAUACCUGAUGGGGCAAGUAAGCGGGAAAAAGGAGUUCAAUACGGAGAACUUUUAUUGAGCGCUACAUUUGUAUCUGCCAUUCCGAUGUAUGCCUUCUAUAAGAUAUACAGCGCCAUGAAAGAGAUCCACGCAAAGUGA